AAGGGCAGCUGCACAAGCAGCUGCUCAAUCGAUGCGAACGGCACCACCAAGCUUGCCUGAUAUCUCUGAUGAAGAAAUGGUAGAUGCGCCGCCAUCCAGAGAUCCGAGUGCCGAAGUCGAAACAGCUGAGAAUCAAGACGAUGGCCCUGAUGUCGAACCAGAGCCAGAACAAGAUCCAGAAGCCGAACCAGAACAAGUGCAAGCGCAAGAGCAAGGGCAAGGGCAAGAUCCAGACCAAGACCAAAAGCAAGGGCAGGAGCAGGAGGGUGCAGAAGAAACAGGUGAAGCACAGCCAGAAUCCAACGCAGAGCCCAAACCUGAAGGCGUGUCAAGUCCAGCAGUGCAAGAUGAAGAUACUCCAUCAAAGUUCAGUGGUACCCCUCGUGGAGGUGGUCACCUAGCUGGAUAUCCUCGCAAGCGUCGUCCAGGUCGACCGCCCAAAAAUCCCCGACCAGAAUGGGAUCUUCCUGACGAUGGGUCGGAGCAGAAGAUUGUAGUCACAACACCCGUAAAGAGAAGACGAGGUCGACCUGCUGCAAGCGGAGGAAGAUGGGGUCGUCGAGGUGGAUAUCCUCAUGUGACGCAGGUGGCUGUCGAUAAGGAGGGCACAAUGAUGGAUGUUGUGAACGAUGAAGUGGCUCUACCGGAUAUUGAAGAAGGGGAAAAGAAGGUCGACAAGAUGGGUCGUUUGUUGGGCGGAAGAGAAUACCGAGUGCGCACAUUUACCAUUCUCAACCGCGGAGAAAGGCUGUACAUGUUGUCUACCGAACCCGCGCGGUGUAUUGGGUUCCGAGAUUCAUACUUGUUCUUCCAGAAGCACAAAAUGCUGUACAAAAUCAUCAUUGACGACGACGCCAAGCGCGAUUUGAUCGAAAGAGAUAUUAUCCCCCAUUCUUACAAGGGAAGGGCGAUUGGCGUCGUAACGGCGAGGUCUGUGUUUCGAGAAUUCGGGGCGAGAAUUGUAAUUGGUGGACGCAAGGUUAUUGAUGAUUAUGAUGAGAAGGCCGCUCUUGAACGUGGGGAUGUCGAGGGUGAACUAGCUGUACCCGAGGACAGACUACCACCUCCUGGAGAGCCGUACAACAGAAACCAAUAUGUCGCGUGGCACGGCGCAAGUGCUGUCUAUCACACGGGCGCACCGUCUGUUCCAUUGCCUGUCGGGAAGGCCGUUGAUCCAAAGAAGCGCAAAGUGGCUGUGACUGGAGACAACUGGAUGAUUGAACACGCUAGAGAAGCUAGUCGGUUCAACUCAGUUCUUGCGAAUGUGCGACGAGAGAACUUGGAGGGUGUUUACGAUGUUCACACUAACUACAUGCAAUAUCCUAAGAUCAUGCAACCGACACAUGCUCGAUGGGAAAGAGUUGCUCCGUCUGACGAUUCGAAACCUUCCAACCAGCUUGUCGAAGACAUGUCUGCGCUACAACUCAUCAGUGAUAAUACGCCUAGAACCGAUGACGACGAUGGUGUUGAUAACAAUAACGAGAACGCUACCGAAUCAACCGGAAAACAAUCAUCACAGACUACUCCAGCAGCUUCAAUACUACCUCCAGUGCCAGAAAUAUUCACCCGGCGUUUUGCCAUUGCAGAUAUAGUUUACGAGACACCCGAAACAAGCACACUCGGCCGUCCAGGUCCGGACGGUGAUGUUCAGGACGUGGGAUACAAUGGAAUCAUCAGCAUGGCCAACCCUCAAUACCCGGAGUUUGUCAGCCCUGAGAUAUUUGCCGAGCUUCCGCCAGAGUGCAAAGAGGCAUUGGUCGAAGCGGCAAUGAAAGAGUACACAUGGAAAUCCAAAUGGCGCACCGAAUCGACGGACGGGCUUAGAGGUCAAUUUCUCCAGAGCUAUAAUUGGCACCCAUGAUUUGUCUCUAAUGUAUUAUUUCAAAGACGUGGCGCAGCUUAUGGAUUCCUAUAUGGAAAUGGACAUGCGUUGGGGAGUUUUGUUUAUUUCUUUCAUUCGUUGAUCUGGGCAGGAGAUUCGCUUUCUUUCGAGCAAGAUUACUACUCAAAUUAGGGUUGGCUAUUUUGGUAUCUGAUAACGAAUAAUAAUAUAGGAAGGUAACUAUCAUGCUUUUUAUCUUGGGACAUGACCGGGACCAAGGCAUCC